AAUGAUAGCCUAGCAAACGAAUCAAACAAGCGCCAUAUUUGAAGGCUGCAAAUAAGCAAAAUGCAGUGAUAUAACCUGUAGUAGCAUUAACCAUGUCAAAAUCGAGCUUAAAGAGGCGCGAGCUGGAUGCCGAGGCUCUCGUCCACCAGCUGAAAACGGAAGACACGGACCAGUUCAAUGCCCUCAUCAAGAUGCACCUCUCAUUCAUGGUUGAUAUGCCCACUUUGGACGAUUUAUUUGAAAAAUCUGAAGAGAACAAGAUUAAGAAAGGUCAUACGCCUUUCUUGAAAAGAAAAAAUAAAACUGGUAGCAGUUCGAGCUACACAGAUCUUUCAUCCUGCAACUCUGGUAUUAUUGAACUAAUUGAUUUUAUUUCUGAACCUGACAAUAUAGCCCUUGAGGGAAUAUUCAGGAAAGCAGGAAACUGUACAAGACAGAAAGAACUGAAAGAAAAGUUGACCCAAGGCUGCACCCUUGACUUGGACAGCAGUCCUUACAAUGCACAUGACUGUGCCUGUGUUCUAAAGUGGUUCCUGGGAGAGUUACCAGAACCUUUACUCAUGGAGAGAUUAUAUGCUGCAUAUUGCCAAGUGCCAGACAUGAUCCGUGAGGGCAUGGACCAGGUCACAAUUGAUAACAUAGUGGUUCCCAAACAGAUCAAGACAGUACAGCUGCUGUUCCUUCUGCUGCCGGUAGAGAAUGCCACUCUGCUGAGGAAGCUGCUAACCAUGCUGCACCAGGUGGCCAGUGUGGAGGAGAACAAAAUGACUGCUGAGAAUUUAGGUGCAAUGUUUGCCCCACACUUGCUCUGUCCUAAGAAGAUGACUGGCAUUGGGCUCCAACAGGCAGCACAGAAUUUGUCCAAUACAGUUUCUUUUAUGAUUCAGCACUCCCCACAAUUAUUCAUGGUGCCUAAAGAUUUGGUUCAUGACAUUGACAUAUACUAUAGGGAAAGGCAGAGAUUGGGGCAGGACAGUGAGGAUGAUCUGGAUCACAGAAGGACAUCUCCAGACAGUGAUGAUGCUGUGAAGACAACAGUUACAUAUGUGGACAGAGUUAAAUCAAAGGAACUUGGUGCAGCUUCAGACACCGAGGUGGCGCUGGCACAGUUAUAUGCUCAUGUGCAGAAUAUGCCAGACUCUACCAAGAAAAGAAAGCUACUAAAGCAGUUUAACAAAGCCAAUGGAAUGGGAACCCCACAUGACGAGAACAAGCACAGGAGAAGUAAGUCAGUAGGACAGUCAAUAAAGGACACUUUCAUGUAUGCCUCAAAGAAGCUGAGGGCUUCUACAGAUAAUCUUCUCAGUCUUGUGAGUUCUGAUGAAUCUGGACAGCAUAGUAGAUCUUUUACCCCAGAAGCUAUGCUCAUGCAGGGCAGGUACAAAAAAAAACACCUGCUGAAGAUGCACAAGAGACGUGGUUCCAGCCAUGACACACAUUUCAACAGUGGUGCUCUCAGUCUCCCUAGAGAAACAAGCAACCCAGUCACAUACCCUGUUCUAGAAACUCCACCUAGAACAAUAGUGCCCAGAGUUAGUGUCACUCCAAUUAAUUCACCAAACACACCGGUGAUGAAGCUGUUCAAUGAGGAGCUAACACUUGCUGUAAAGCAGCAUGCUAAAGGAUCAUCUAGUCCAGCAGUACAUGUGGUUGACCUGAAGGAAGAGGUGGACAGCUCACACUUACCUAGAAAACGUAGAAACAGCAAGACCAACCUGACCAAUAUCACCAAUACUCCAUCUGACCAGGCAGCAGGAUUAUGCAGCAGCACCAGUGAAUACCCUCCUAGAAAGCGCCACAGUCCUAGUACUCCUCAGAAAGAACAGCUAUCACACUUUGUGUCACCCCUGACUAGAUCUUCCAAGAAGAUGUCCAGACAGACACAGCCAAUACGUAAGCGAAGCAGGACCAGCAGUGCUCCACUUCUUGAUGAGUGGAAUUUGGCAGCAAACAGUACUGAUGACGCCCGGGUCCAGACAACCGAUGGCUGUCCAACUGUCACCUGGAUCAUUUGACAAAUGGCGGCACAGACGUAGUCACACAGCAGGGGAUAAGAUCAAGCAUAGCAACACACGAUAAUAACAGGCAUUUGGACAAAGGCAGGGAUAGAAAUGGAUAUUUGGACAAGGACAAACAUGGACACUUGGACAAUGAUGCAAACAGGGAUAGACAUGAACAUUCAGUUCACAACAAAGAAAGACGAAGAAAAGAACGCAAAUCACACAAGAAGGGACAUUAUGAAUUGGGCAGUAGGGUGCUCAUAAAAAAGUCAACAUUAAUAUAGGUUCAGCAAGUUAUGACAUACAAACAUAAACAUAUGGGUGAGAAGAGCCAAGUCUGGAUGUGAGAGUAGAAGGAAUGUGUGUGUGUAGUAAGUUUUAUAAAUAGUAUGUUCAUUAGCAGAUGAUCUUACAUAAUGCAGCAUUAUGUAUUUUUGGUUACAAUUUAGAGUAAUUGUUUAUGCAUGUCUUAAGCCAGUUUUGAUGUGCUUGCAUUUUUUAUCAUUUCAUUAUCUUUGAAUAUAACUAUGACAAAUUUUCCAUGUCCAAAGGCGAAUCAGUUUAACAAAUAGAAAUUGGCAUUAAAUCAAUGCAUAAUAAAACUGUUUAAUUAAUAAAUAAUAAGACUUGAUACUAGUGUAAUUCCUUACAGCUGGCUUUUGCAACCCAUGCAAUACUUGAAGUUCUAAAGGGCUGGCUUUCUUUAAAACUCAUUUCCAUGAUUCAAAUACUACUUUUCUGGCAUUUUAGGUAUGUGCAAAAUUGUAACCUGUAUGCCUCUUUGUUAAAUGAAGGUAAUAUUUAUGUACAGUUACAACAACUUACAAAUACCAUAUUAAAGCACAUGUCCAAUACAAAACACUGGUGCUUAGCACAGUAAAAAUGACCAACCUUAAAAUGUAAUGUUUUAUUAUUAAUAAAAAUGCAAAGGAAGGUAAUAUAAACUAUUUUAAUGUUGAAUAAAUAUUAAGAAAGUACAAAAAUAUUUUACGAGUUUUCUGCAGAUAUAAGUGUGGGCCUUGUUUGCAUUCUGUUGCUCUUAAUUUGGGCAGAUACAAUUGUGCAGUAAAAAUAUGAAAAUGAUUAGCACAAUGCAAAUUUUGGUAUUUAUGCAGGAUGCCCCCAACUCGUACACACGUAUUAUGUGGUGACUAAUCAAUGGCAGUGCAAUUCAAAUGAAUUUAUUUACUGAUAUUUUGAUGUUCUCCCCUGAAAUGAUGUUCGCUCUUGUUAUAUUUGAAUGAGCUUGAAGUUUCCGGUAAAAAUGUCAAAAAAUCAUACAGUAAAUUUCAAACUAAUUUAAUGAAUAAGGAGACCUUGAUAAAAGCCACCACAUAGCCAAAUUAAAAAGAAAAAAAAA